AUGCGGUUAAGUUUGACGAAACAGCAAAAGCUGGAUGAAGCAUCGAUUGCACAAGAAGGAGAUAAACAAGAAUCGGAUUCUAUAUUAAAAGAAACAAUUAAUAAGAUAAUCAAAGUUACAAAACCAUCCCGAAGUAAUUCAAAUAAAUCAGAAGUAGAAACAAGACAUAAUCCAAGACCAUCCUUACAAGUCAGUUUCGCUAGUAGUGAAGACUCGAAUAUUAUGAAUUCCACAAUGAAUAAUUCAUACACUUCACAAGCAGAACCAUCUAUGCAUUCUAAACCAGGGAUUACCAUUAAUGCCCCUCAACCACAAAGAGCAAACACACUCCCUACAAAACCACUGCAUCCAAUUCAAUCUUCAGAUUCUUUCACACAAUCAACUACACGGCGACAAACUUUAGGAGUACCCAAUUCACAAAAGGAAUCAGCCACGUCAUCCGUUCAUGCAUCAUCUCUGAAGUUGGAUCAAUCCUCGUCACAACAACAAAUUACAAAACCAGAAGCCAAUGGAUUCUUAUCCUCAAUAUUCAAUGCAGCUGCAAAUAAAAUCUCUUCCUCAGCUCCUACUCAGAAUGAUGAUAAUAUACGAAGUCAUUCAUUCUCGAAUAAAUUAGAUACAUGGCUCAAUGGCAAAGAUGAUCAACCUAGACAAGAUCUAGAUGUCCUGUUAAAUGACGAUGACUCAAGACCUAAUGAUGUAAGUUCACUUUUAUCUGCUCAAGAAGUUCAAUUUGAACCAGUUAGAGAAUCUCCUUUGAAUACAUUAGGAAAAGGAGAUUUAAGCCUUGCUGAUUUUGAAUCAAAAGAAGAAAUCGUCAUUGAUUCACAAAGAGAUAAUUCGACAGCUAUAAAAGUAGAAGGGAUAAAACGUGCCUUAAGUCCGGACAUUACAAAUAGAAGUAUGGUAAUGAAUGAUGGGAUAAAGCGUCCCCACAGAAAAUCCAUCAAUGGAAACAAUCUUCUUAAUCCAUCUUCAACAGCGGUGUCGCUGAAUACUGUACCAACCACCAGAAGGAGACGAGGCUCGUCAUUGCUAGAAAUCAACACCAUUGGCAGCAGUGGAAGCCACGCUGAUAUGAAUUCAAGAAUGAUGGGAGACUUACAACUGAGAAGUACAGAAGGAAUUGAUGAAUAUAUUGAAACUGACGAGAACCUAUCAUCUGACGAAGAAGUAGAUAACAUAAUUGAUUAUACCGAAAAGAUUAAGCAUGCCCUGAAGAAACGCAAUAAAGAUUUCCAUCAAGUAUUUAAAAAACUUCCACCAAGUGAAAAAUUAAUUGAUGAAUUUAGUUGUGCAGUAUCUAAAGAUAUAUUAGUCCAGGGGAAAAUGUAUCUAAGUGAUCAUUUCAUCUGCUUUAAUUCGAAUAUUUUGGGUUGGGUCACAAAUAUAAUGAUUCCGUUACAAGAAGUUAUCCAGAUUGAAAAGAAAUCCACAGCUGUCUUGUUCCCCAAUGGGAUGAUUAUUAGAACCUUGCAUCAUAAAUACGUGUUUGCGACAUUUUUAAGUCGUGAUACUACAUUUGAUUUAAUCACAAACGUAUGGCAUCGAGUAUUACUCGAGAAUUCAGAUAUCGAUCCUCUGAAAAUUCAAUUGAAUGGUACUAAAUCCAGAAGAAGGGGAGAAUCUAAAUUUUCAGGGAUUUCUCAUCCAACGGGAAGUAGUGGACCUACAGGAGGUGGUAGUGAUGAUGAAGAUAAUCAAAUAAUGUCAGAUGAAAAUAGUGGAAAUCAUGAAGGUGAUUCAUUGAUGGAUUUUUCAGGUGAUAAUAUGAGUGAUUUUGACUCAAAUGAAAACAACAAUAAUGACGGAGAGACUGAUAAAUCAGGUAAAGAACACGAUAAUAAUAAUGAGAGUAGUUCAACUGAUAUGGAAAAAGAGAGUUUGAAGAAUACUUUCAAGGGAUUACCUGUCGUUGGUCCUCUUUCCCAUCCUCCUACCGAAAAUGGAUAUACAAAAGGCGCCAAUGACGUUUUCAUUGCUGAUGAAAUAGUUAAAGCUCCUCCUGGUGUAAUUUUCAUGAUUCUUUUCGGUUCAGAUACUUCCAAGAUCAUUUCCAUAUUAAAAGAUCAGAAAAAUUUUGAUAUUACCGAAUCAUCAAUUGUUGGAUUGGAUAAAAACACUAAAGAACGUAAUUAUACAUAUAUAAAACCCCUUGGAGGAAGUAUUGGACCCAAACAAACAAAAUGUAUUAUUCAAGACAAAGUUAUCAAAUAUUCACCUGAAUCAUGUUUUGAGAUUGAACAAACUACUCAAACUCCAGAUGUCCCUAGUGGGAAUUCAUUCCAAAUAAAAACAAGAUUAUUCUUCAGUUGGGCCGAUAAGAAUCAAACGCGAAUUUAUGUGAUUACUUCCAUUGAAUGGAGUGGGAAAUCAUGGCUCAAAGGAGCAAUCGAAAAGGGUAGCAUUGAUGGACAAAAGGAGUCUAUGAAGUCGAUGAUUGAGUCAUUGAAUCAGAUAAUUGCUCAAGGCGAUAAGAAGACUCCAAAGAGAAAGAUGACAAGAGGGAGAAGAGGAACCGUUAGUAGAAAGGAAAAGACUCCAGAAGAAGAGAAACUGGUUGUUCAAGCUCAACCUGCGGAGAAGAGUAUUAUGGGCAAGUUUGUUGAUUUGGUUGAAUCUAUUGGAGAUUUGGUUCCGGUUCCGUUUGUGGGAGGGAUUAUUACUGGUUCUAUAAUAUUGAUUAUUGGAUUUAUUAUCUCAAUAACUUUAUUUAAUAGAAUAUUUAUAGGUAGACCACAAGCUCAUAAUAACCUUAUUGAUAUUAUACCUGAUAACAAUGCAUAUAUGUCACAUAUCAAGAUUAAAGAUAAUCAAUAUUUAAUUAUCCCAUCAGUCGAGACUGCAUUGCAAAAUGAGAAAAUGGUUCGAAAACAAGAAGUUUCUAUAUGGAAUUGGUUACAAGAAAGAAGUGAUGGUAAGUUGAAGUUAAAUUUUGAUGAAGAAGUUGGUCAAUGGAGGGAAGAUGAUUUGAAACAAAAGUAUAGUCAACAAGAAUUGAAAGAAAUAUUACGGUUGACUCAAUUGAAAUUAGAAAAGAUAAGGGAGCAAUUGGAUUUAUAG